UUCCAGUACCAGCAAUGCGUGCGAAUGUCGCCAUCCUGACGGCCUGUGCGUGCAUCGGCGGCUUCCUCUUUGGCUAUGACACAGGAGUGAUUUCGGGGGCGCUGGUGUCCAUGCAAGCAUCGAGUGGCUCCGACCAGUUCACCUUGACCAUGGGGCAGGCGGAAACGGUAGUGUCUGCAGCGAUCCUUGGAGCAAUAGUUGGCGCGGCCGCUGGAGGGGUUGGAAACGAUGUCGUUGGACGCAAGCCCAUGAUUCUGCUUGCAUCUGCGCUGUUCACAGCAGGCGCCAUCUCGAUGGGACUUGCUGGUUCCGUCACGGCCCUCGUCGUUGGCCGACUUGUCGUCGGCCUUGCCAUUGGCAUCUCCUCCAUGACCAUUCCCGUCUACAUUGCGGAAGCGUCUUUGCCAGAGCACCGCGGGACUCUCGUUUCAUUGAACACACUCAUGAUCACGUUUGGGCAAUUCUUCGCCGCUGUCUUUGAUGGAGUGCUGAGCUCAAGCCCAGACGGUUGGCGGUACAUGCUUGGACUGGUGGCAUUGCCGUCGUCAGUUCAGUUCGUGGCCUUCCUCCUAUUGCCAGAAAGCCCUCGAUGGCUCUACGCUAAAGGAUGCAGCACCCGCGCGUACGACGUGCUAGCAAGUCUCCAUGGCAAAGCGACCGACUCGUUCCGCGACGAGUGGGCACACAUGCACGUUGUCCGCUCGACCAACGCAUCUCGCCCGUCGUGGUCAUCUUCUGCAUGGAGCGAAAUGCACCACCCCGCUGUCUUGCGCGCGCUCGUCUUGGGCUGUGGCCUUCAGAUUCUACAACAACUAUGUGGCAUCAACACGGUCAUGUACUACGGCGCGCCGAUCAUGCAAAUGGCGGGGUUCUCCCAGCCAUCCACUGCGAUAUGGCUUGCCGCCGUUGUCGCAUUUAGCAACUUUGCCUUUACAUUCGUUGGCAUUUACCUCGUGGAUCGACUGGGGCGGCGGCCCUUGACGCUGGGCAGUUUAGCGGGCGUAUCUGUGUCGCUGCUGGCUCUGGGAGGGGCUUUCUAUAUGGCUCGACUUUCGUCCAAGCCGCUCACUAGCCAUGCCCGCGAUCCGUGUAGUGCCCUCACAGCAUGCUUUGACUGCGCGGCGAACGCGGCAUGCGGCGUUUGUGAUGCUACAUGUGUUCCUGGCACUUCGUCAGGUCCUCAAGCUCCUCUUUCGUGUGCAACCUACGCAUUCCACACGUGUCCAAAUGAGGCAUCGUCUGGGACGUGGCAAGUUGUAAUUGUCGUGGCGAUGUUUGUCUACUUGGCCUGCUUUGCCAGUGGCAUGGGAUGCAUGCCAUGGACAAUCAACGCCGAAAUCUAUCCCCUCCAUGUCCGCAGUGUGGCCAUUGGCGCCGCCACGACUGCCAACUGGGUCUCAAACCUCGUCGUGUCGUACACAUUCUUGACGGUUGUCGCAAUGCUUGGCCCUCAUGGAGUGUUUUGGCUCUUUGCGGUGAUCGCGGCAGUGGGCGGGGCACUCUUGUUUGUGCACUUACCAGAAACCAAGGGGGUGCCACUCGAAGACAUCCCGACGCUGUUUCUCCCGCCAACCCAUGCCAACUACCAACCUCUGUCGUAAUCGCCACAACUCUAAUCAUUCGUUUUGGCGGUGCAUCGCCAACCUUGGUCGAUUCCCG